AUGACAACUCUUCAACCAACAAGAGGAAAGCCCAUAAUGCUGGGACCGAACAGCAACGCUUGGUGUGCCUAUCACAGGGCUAAGGGACACGAUACGGAGAUGUAUUUCAGGUUGAGGGAUCUCAUCGAAGAAUUGAUUAGGAGUGGUCACCUGCGAAAAUUCAUUGACGACGCCGCCCAAGGACGAGUUGUCGUGCCCAAGGUACUGAGCCAGGAUUCUAAAGAGCCGUCAGGGCGGGUUUGGGUGUUACAUGACGAAGACCAAACAAGGGCGAGGAUCGCAGUAAACACUAUUGCAGGUGGAUUUUCGGGAGGAGGCGUCUCCAGCAACGCUAGGAAAAAGUAUGCUAGAAGCGUAACUCAUGAAAUCUAUCUAGUGGGGAAUACACCCUCUUCGCCAGUACCAGACAUAUCAUUCACAACUAAGGAUGGUCAAGGAGUAUUCCCACAUGAUGAUGAUCCUUUGGUCAUUCAAGUGCAAAUUCUGAAUUGUGAUGUGAAAAGGGUCUUGAUCGAUUCCGGCAGUUCGGCGGAUGUUAUGUAUUGGGAAGCUUUCAAAGCAAUGCAGUUGGCUGAGGAGCAGUUACAGCCGUACGUGGGAACCUAA